UCAAGUGCCAGGUGGUAGGACAAGAUUAAAGAAUUAACCGUGAGUCAGGACUUAGAAGCUCCUCUGGAGUAUGCUAUCAUCUCAUUACUGACUCUUGUGGACUGGUGGAAACUAGAAGACGGGGAUUCCAUAGAGCAACAAAAGUCUAAGUGGCUUAGACUUCUGUUGCUUUCUCAUCAAGAAUAUCCUGCAAGUAAAUAGCAGCUAACCAGGGAAUGUUACCUCCAGGCUGAGCAUUAGGAAGAGAACAAGAAGAACAAGAAGGACCAGAAGCCAAGAGGGUAUGGCAUCUCAGGAGGACUAUGAAUCUGGGAUUAAGGCGAAACUUGAUGUGGAGGCGUAUGGAGACUCUUCGUUGAAGCAGUCUAAUAUGUCACUUGCAAGUGGAGACAUUCACCAGAUGAGCAUUUGCCAGCAUAUCUGUGUACCAUUCAGUCAGUACUCCUGGCCUGGUCACCAGGGAAUAUAUCACCUGAAUAAAAGAAGGAGGAUGGAGAGGGUAUCCAUGGGAAAAGCAGGAUCCUAUCAAAAGCAUAUGGACACAAGUAGCUCCUCCUCAUCUGAGGAGGAGCCAAGAGGUACGGAGCCUGCGAAGCCACUCAUCUCCCACAAAGCUUCCCAUAAUUCAUAUGUGGAACUUCAUGAGCUGGUCAUGGACAAGAACAAUGAGUUUCGCUGGAUGGAGGCUUCUCACUGGAUCAAACUGGAAGAGGACUUUGAGGAGAUGGGGCAUUGGGGGAGACCUCACCUUUCAUACCUGACUUUCCAAAGUCUUUUGGAGGUGCGCAAGGCUUUUAGCAAAGGAACUGUCCUUCUGGAUUUGCAAGAAAGAAGUCUAGCUGGGAUUGCUAAUCAGGUGCUUUCCCAAAUGAUCUAUGAAGGAAAACUCAAGCCUGAUGACCAAGAAGUGCUUUUAAGAACUCUUCUACUUCAGCACAGUCACCCUAGUGAAUCAGCUUCAUUAAACACUCUCUUGCCUGCACUGGUACAACGGACAGAUACCAAAGAUUCAACUCAACCACUGCUUCAAGAACAUCAACAAAUUGAGAUGAAGACCUUUUCUAAUGGCUCAGAGCAGGGAGAGUCAAGUCAUAGUGAUUUUAAGAAACAGCUGUUAGAUAAGAUUCCUCCUGAUGCAGAAGCCACUCUGGGAUUGGUUGGCUGUGCCACCUUCCUGGACCGACCCACUGUGGCCUUUGUACGCUUGAAGGAGGCUGUGGAGCUGGACUCUGUCCUGGAAGUUCCUGUCCCUGUCAGGUUCCUUUUUGUGGUUCUGGGUCCUGAUUCCCCCCACAUUAACUACCAUGAAAUCGGAAGAGCCAUCUCAACUAUGAUGUCUGAGAGGGUAUUUCGCAAUGACUCCUAUAUGGCAGAAGGAAGACAGGACUUGAUAAAGAGUCUGGAUGAGUUCCUAGAUUGUUGCAUUGUCCUCCCACCCUCUGAGAUCCAAAAUGAAAGACUUCUCAAAAUGUUGCUGCCAGUGCAGAAGGAUUUCCUAAGGAAGAGGUACCUCCCAGUGGAGAAGAAACUGGAAGAGCCACUAAAAGACCUAGGGCACAAACUGAAAGACCAUGACAUCACAGCAGAAGAUUCGGAUGAUUCCUUGCGCCGAACUGGAAAGAUUUUUGGGGGGAUGGUGAAAGACAUAAAACGUCGGUACCCCAAGUAUCUCAGUGACAUCAAAGAUGCUCUGAAUCCACAAUGCCUGGCUGCAGUCAUCUUCAUCUACUUUGCAGCCCUUUCUCCUGCCAUUACUUUUGGAGGCCUGCUUGCUGAAAAGACAGAACGUCUGAUAGGAGUUUCUGAGCUUCUACUCUCUACUGCAGUUCAGAGUGGACUCUUUUGUUUGCUGGGAGCUCAGCCUCUCCUUGUUGUGGGAUUCUCCGGCCCCCUUUUGGUCUUUGAAGAAGCUUUUUAUGCAUUUUGUGUGAAUAAAAACUAUGAAUACCUUGUGGGAAGAGUCUGGAUUGGCUUUUGGCUGAUACUGAUAGUGGUAGUGGUGGUGGCUUUUGAGGGCAGCUUCCUGGUGCGUUUCAUCUCUCGCUACACUCAGGAGAUCUUUUCAAUCCUCAUCUCCCUCAUCUUCAUCCUGGAAACUUUCUUCAAACUCAUCAAGAUUUUUAAAGAGCACCCUCUGAAAGAGGUGUAUAAAAACAUCACCUUUCCCCCAGAUGAAGAACCAAGGUACCCUGUACCAAAUACUGCUUUGCUUUCUCUUGUGCUGAUGGGAGGAACAUUUUUCAUCGCUUUCUUCUUACGGAAGUUCAAAAACAGCAGUUUUUUCCCUGGCAAGCUUCGCCGGGUGAUUGGUGACUUUGGUGUCCCUAUUGCCAUCUUUAUCAUGACAUUGGCAGACUAUCUUAUUAAAGAUACCUACACUCAGAAAUUGAAAGUUCCCAAAGGCCUUCAAGUCUCCAAUCCUGAACAACGGAAUUGGUUUAUCCAUCCAUUAGGUUCUUCAUUAGGAAAUCCAUUCCCCAUAUGGAUGAUGUUUGCUACAGCUUUGCCAGCUCUCCUAGUUUUCAUUCUCAUCUUCUUGGAGACACAGAUCACCACGCUGAUUGUAAGCAAACCUGAGAGGAAGAUGCUGAAGGGUUCAGGUUUCCAUCUCGACCUCCUUCUUAUUGUUGGAAUGGGAGGUAUAGCACCACUUUUGGGCAUGCCCUGGCUGAGUGCCACCACAGUGAGGACUGUCACUCAUGCUAAUGCUCUGACAGUUAUGUCCAAGACUACUCUGCCAGGAGAAAAGGCCUGCAUCCAGGAGGUCAAGGAACAGAGGGUUACUGGCUUCCUGGUGGCUAUUCUUGUGGGCUUGUCCAUACUCAUGGAACCCAUCUUGAAGCUGAUUCCACUUGCAGUACUCUUUGGCAUCUUUCUUUAUAUGGGGGUAACAUCUCUCAAUGGCAUUCAACUAUAUGACCGCAUACUUCUUUUGCUGAAGCCACCUAAAUACCAUCCAGAUGUGUCCUAUGUUACAAAAGUAAAGACCUGGCGUAUGCACAUCUUCACCUUCACCCAGAUGCUCUGCCUAGGAUUGCUGUGGGGAGUGAAAUCCAGCCCAGCCUCCCUUGCCUUGCCUUUUAUACUCAUUCUGACUGUCCCUCUUCGACUCUUCCUGCUCCCUUUCAUUUUCACAGAUGUUGAGCUCAAGUGUUUGGAUGCUGAUGAUGCUGAGGUGACUUUUGAUGAGACAGAAGGCCAAGAUGUCUAUGAUGAAGUCCAGAUGCCUGUUUGAGCACCCAGCUGCUACUGCCACUAGGCAAAUGAGGAACCAAUUUUUUUCCCAAAAAACAUUGGAUAUCAGAAUCUGGAGGAAGAUAUCCAUAUAGCUAUAUGAAUCAGAGUAUAUGUAUGUAUGUAUGUACGUACGUACCUACGUACGUACGUACAUUCAUACAUACAAACAUACAUUGAUUGCACAUGGCCAAACAUUCCGGUGGUGUAAAUAUGUAUGAUUGUCAACACAUGGAUCCUGUAGGAUUUAAGAAACAUAUUUUCCCCCAGUCAAUUAUAGUUCUAUAGUGAAUCUUAACAUUUCUUUCUUAGGAUUUAGGAAAUAGAUGUACUUUCCCAGAAGGGGAAAAAAGUACCAAGAUAUGCAAGAAUUGUUGAAGAGAUGAUACAUGUUAACAGUGGACUCCCAUUUUUAAUGCAGCUAUAACACAGAUGCUUCUCUUCUGUAUUUGUGUGCUUGUGUGUGAGAAGCUUUAUCGGUCAUAGAGGAACCCAUCUAGUUUUCUACCAAGAUAAGAAGCAUUUUUAUUACUCACAUUGCCAGACCUUGUACACCAAUGAAUAUCUGUAAUGUGUUUUGAAAGAAAUGCUGAAAAUCCAUCACUGAUCUCUGAUGGACCAUCAGAGUGAAUGCUUCAGAUUGCUAGAGUGAACUGAAGCUAAGAAGAAAAGGCAAUAAGAUCUUUCUUUAAUCACUGGAAUUAUAGAAUAAGAAAAAGCUGGAGCAUGAAAAUGAGGCACAGAAGAAACACAAUGAGGGUGCCUUAUUCACAAUGGAAAGAAGCAACACUCCUAAUCUCAUGGUGGAAACCAGGAAUUGAAAUGGCAGAAACAUCAGGUUUCAAGAAUCAAGAAUGUUAAUUUGAUAUGAAAUGCUGACAGAUGAACAAAAUCCAUCACAGCUUGUCAAGUGGGGAUGACAUAUAUGAAAAAUUGGCUUCCCUGGAAAGCUAGUCAUCUUUUUCUUUGUAGAUGGUUUGCAUUUUUUGUGAAUUCAUCCUACUCCCUUUCCCACUGAAACUUGAAUUAUGCUAAUAUGAUGAAGGCAUCAUCCAAAAAUACAGUCCUGCCUUGGUUACUUCUGUUGCUUGCUUGUUCUUGUAGUUAGAUUUUAAUAAAUGCUACUGUUUUUUUCCUUAAGUUGGCAUCUAUCUAAGUCCCUACCUGAGAAAUGUGCCACUUGCCAAAAAAAAUAGUAUAUCCCAGAUUAUAAUAAUUAGAACUGUAUAUUUGAAAGGGUAGCAUAAGCAACUAUCUUGGUUAGCUUCCAAUCAAAUACCAAUUACUAGUCCUUAAGAAUAGAAAAAUCAUGUAAAUCUCACCAAUCAGUCCUUCCUUCCCUGUCUUGCUUAUUAACCAGUCCAAGGUAAACAAAUAUUCCUGCAUCCAAGAAGCCAUUCUAAGAUAAUGUCUGCAAACAGGCUCAAUUUACAGACUGUUAUUGCAAAAUAGGCUUUACUUUUUGCAUACCUUGAAAUUUCACAUGCGUCAACAGAAUUUAUAUAUAGCAAUAUAGAAUUUUUUCCCCUCUCAUUUCAAAUCUCUAUAUUGGGUGUUGUUCUGAAUCAAGCUUUGAGUCUUCGUUAACUUUUGCUUGCCCAAAUACUUUUCAAAUGGUCUUUGGCAAUCCACGUUUUUCCUUCUUAGAAAUGUCACAUGUUGCCCAUUGAAAGUUUGUCGUCUUAUGGGGUUUUUUUUCCACACGAUUGUAGCAAUAGUGAUGAAUGUAGAAUCUAUAUUAAUGCAGGAUCUAAAUAAAUGCAGCAGGUUCCAUUUCCUCCUUAGAAUUUUUGAAAAUGUUUCUCAUGGUGGCAUAAAUUCAAUAUUGGUAAUAGUCAUUUCAGCAAUAUUAUUAUUUGUUAUUUCCUAAAAAAUAAUAAAGGUGCUAAACUCAA